CGUCAUUGUGUGCUAAGAUUGACUCCCGAGAUUCAAUACACGUUUGUAUAGUACUACACUAACUAGUAGUAUCGUACUAUUAGAUUGUAUAAAGUAUUGCAGGUUUACUUUUUGCGAGAUUCAAAAACUUAAAAUAUCUGGAUUUUACAUAUAAAUAUAUUUUCAUUUAGACACUUAUUUUGGAUGUGCGAAUCACAUUCUUUGAGAGAAACAGAGACAGACAUCAUGAAGACUUAUUUAGAUCUUGUUAAUGAGUGCGAUACGUAAGUACUUUUAUUCGAAAGUUUUCAUUGACUUGCCAAGUACUAGAUGAUAUCACUGCAUGGAAAUGGAAAUGGUGGAGUUGUGGCUUUUGGGGUUUGUGGCGGUUGGAUGAUGCAAGUUUGAGGAGUACAAUACGAUAUGCUGUCAUACAACCAAGUGGUUGGUAAGAUGAAUAUAUGCUCAUAUAUUGAAGCAACGUGGGAGAAUCAACUUUCAAAAAGUGCUUAACAGCUUAGCGGGGCUUUCAAUCUUCAAACCGAACAUGGUCAUCGAACUCCACAAUACUUUCCCUCAAACUUCUAUCCCAUCAUCCAUUCCCCAAACUGAAAUCCCCAACUAACGCACCCCAGAUUUCCCUACCCGGAAACAGAUCCGGUCGCCCACAAAACUAUGACCUCCACCAUCUACACCCUCAUCCACGAAGAUCCCCUAACCUCCACCAUCUACCCCUUGGGCUACAUCACCCUCCCCAUCUAUGAAGCCCUCUGCAAAGUACCCACCGGCAUCAAAGGAGAAAUGCUCGUCAACCAAUCCAACCGCACCAUAUCCAUCUUCAACCAAGCCACCGAGCCCGAACGUACCGCCGCCGUAGCUGCAACAUGUGACUACUGGCGUUCUAACAAAACCUUCCGGGUGCUAUCCGGAUGGCGUGAUGAAGUAUAUCCUGUGUAUGGACCCGGAAAUGAAGUUUUGUGGUCCGUUGAGCGAAGUGCUUCGGUAUUGUUUGGGAUUCUGGGUUAUGGUAUUCAUAUGAUGGCAUAUGUGCGUUGCCCUGAAGUGAAGUAUGGCAUGAAGUUAUGGGUACCUAGACGCUCAGCUAGCAAACAAACAUAUCCUUCCAUGUUGGAUAAUACGGUCGCGGGAGGAAUGGCUACAGGAGAAGAUAAGCUUGAAGCUUUGGUUAGAGAGUGUAUGGAGGAAGCUAGUUUCCCGGAAGAGAUUGUGAGGAAGAAUGUUAAGGAUCAGGGUGCUCUUACAUAUUUUUAUGUAAGAGGCGCUACUGCUGGAGGAGAAACGGGUUUGAUGCAACCAGAAUGUGAAUACGUUUACGAUUUGGAGCUGCCUGCCGAUGUCAUACCCAAACCAAAUGAUACCGAGGUGGAUCAAUUUUAUUUAUUGACAGUGGAGGAAGUUCAAGAACACAUGAAAAAUGAUGAGUUCAAAACCAACUGCGCAAUUGUUUUGUUGGAUUUCUUCAUCAGACAUGGCAUAUUGACACGGGAAAACGAGAGCGAUUUCGAUGAGAUCAAGAGCAGGAUUCAUAGAAAGUUGCCAUUUCCAGGACCACACAAUAUUUGAAUGCUCUAGUAUUCCAGAUCUGAAAAAGGUAUCUGGUGCUUGAACGCCCUCAAGACUUUUUCAAUUUCCCAUCCACAAACGCCCCACGCAAAUGCAAACCAAAUGUGCACGCGAAAAAUCGGUUUUCAAUAUUGUCGAUUUUCCCCUGCCAGAUUUCUCAAAGAUUUCACCACGUCAUGAAAGCAGGUUCUUUCUUCAAUUAUUUUAGGUUCCCCACGUCUUCCUCUAUUUCUUAAUUAGAAGAUAAACAUAGUCGACUCUUAAAGGUGUAAGCUUCUUAUAAGGACCCUCCAAACCCAUCAACAAACCACCGAAGGAGAUAUAUGCCUUACUAUAUCAGAAAUUAGUCAAUCAGUUCAUAGCAUAACUAGAUAGCAUAGCCAAAUAGCAAGCAAUCAAGCAAUUCCAACCAUCCAAGAA